CACAUUACAACUUGUAACAUUUCCCUUUGUAGAUUGGGAGUAUAAAGUCUGCUGCUGCUAUAGUACAUGCUGAUUCAGUAGGGACUGAACUCACCACAGUCACAACUGCAGACUCACAGCCUGCUGACACAGCCCCCAAAACACACUUCACUGGCACAGACACCCUCUCCAACAUGCCCGUCUCAGAUGAUAAUUUGCAGAGUGAGCGCUCAAAGGCCAGGAUUAACAAAUUAAAAGAACACCACAAUAGGUGUGAAACUCGGUAUGAAUCUACGGCAGAGAAGCGAAACGCUCUUCAAAGACAGCGAGUCUUACUCCUACUCCAAUUGGCAAACUUGGAUAAAAUGCUGGGCCCAGAAUCGCAUCCAGUCACUCAACCAGCAGAAGAUUCUGUGAUACCCUCACCAACAGACACACAGGUAUGGUCAGAAAUUGACCAUGCAUCUCCUUCAACCAGCGAAUGUGUACCACCACUGGAAAGAACAGAUAGUGUAUUUGUUGCCUUUCAAAACAACAUGGACACAGAUUCCAGCUCUGCAGAAGAUGGGAAUGUGUCCCACUCCAAUCCCAAGGUUGCCUUCCAAAACAACAUGGACACAGAUUCCAGCUCUGCAGAAGAUGGGAAUGUGUCCCACUCCAAUCCCAAGUUUAAAAAACAAAUGCUUGGAAAUGAUUCUGAAGACUCACUAAGCAGCAUGGAAAUAACAGAGGAUGAAUAUGUGCCAGGGUCAGAUUGUGAAAGUGAGACCAGCUCAGAGGGAGACAGUAUAUUAAAGAAAAAUGCUGCCACCAUGGCCAGUCCUGCUGUUAAAGAUGGAAAUAGAAAAACAUACAAGGGACCUAGAAACCGGAACUCUGAAUCUGACACAUCUGGGGAAAGCUCCAUAACUUCACUUACAGUCAUGCACAGUCAAAAGACUGACGAUGGAUCUAGAAGAUACACCAAAAAACAUUACUGUCUCUUUUGUGAGAAACCACAAUCCAAAAUUGCCAGGCAUCUGGAACUCGUUCACAAAGAUGAAUCUGAAGUCGCUAAAGCCAUUUCAUCUCCAAAGAACUCCAAGGAAAGAAAGCUCCAACUGACUAUACUAAGGAAACAGGGGGACAGAGCACACAAUGUAGAUGUCAUUAGAAAGGGAAAAGGUGUCAUUGUUCCAUGUAAACAAGCGAGUUCUCCAAAUGUCAAUCCAAAUAAAUUCUUACAUUGUGCAAAUUGCCAAGGACUUUUCAAAAAAAGAUUUCUUUGGAAACAUAUGAAAAGGUGCCCACUUCGAGGUGUUCUUCCAAAACCUGGUAGAACUCGAGCCCAAUCGAUUUGCGCCUUUGCGCAACCUGUGCAGGAAGGAGUUAGCAAGGGACUGUGGAAACUUCUCAGUGAUAUGAAACACGGUGAAGUGGUAGAUGUCAUAAAGAGUGACCAUUGUAUCCUCAAGUAUGGCGAGCAGAAAUACAACAUCAUGGGACACCGACGUUCUGAUCAUGAACUGAUCCGUCAGAAAAUGCGUGAGUUAGGGAGACUGGUUUUGAAAGGAAGGCAGGUGUCCCCCCUCAAAUCACUUGAGGAAUACAUUGAUCCAGCCAACUUCCAACACACAGUUAAUGCAGUUAAAGCUGUUACAGGCUUUCAGUGUGAGACAAAUAAGAUAGCGGUGCCAACGCUAGCCAACAAACUUGGUCAGAGCCUCAUGAAGGUUGCCGACAUUGUAAGUUGUGAUGCAAGGAUCUGCGGUGACACAACAAAAGUUCAAAAAGCAGAGGACUUCAAACACAUCUAUAAGACACGCUGGAGGGAGAUGAUCUCAUGUCAUGCUCACAAUACCCUGGAAGAAAAAAGGUACAACGCUCCAUUGAUCUUGCCAUUUGCAGAUGAUGUCAAGAAACUCCAUAUAUAUUUAAAGGAGAAACAGCAAGAAUACUACAGCACACUUUUUAAUGCACCGAACACCAAGACCUGGGCAAAACUGGCUAAAGUCACUCUUGCACAAAUGAUCAUCUUCAACAGAAAAAGGCAAGGGGAAGCCUGUCUGAUGCCAGUACAAUCAUUCGAGUCUCGAGACAAAUCUACUUUAAAUGUUGAUAUUGCUGACUCUCUCUCAGAAGUUGAACAAGCACUAUGCAAGUACUUUAGUCGUGUAGAAAUCCGUGGAAAGCGCGGAAGGAAAAUUGCAGUACUUUUGGCACCGGAAAUGAUCAAAUCCAUGGAGUUGCUGGUUAAAACACGUGAAGUUUGCGGUGUUCUGAAGGAGAACAUCUACAUGUUUGCAAUCCCAGGCUGCGAGACAUCAUUUCGUGGAUCAGACUGCCUGCGCUGCUUUGCCGUGGAGUGUGGUGCUAAAUGUCCAAAAGCCCUAUCGUCCACCAAGUUGCGCAAACACAUCUCUACAAUGUCCAGAGUUCUUAACAUGAACGACACCGAAAUGGACCAACUUGCUGAUUUCCUGGGACAUGACAUUCGUAUCCACAGGAAAUAUUACAGAUUACCAGAGGGAACACUCCAGCUGGCAAAAAUCACCAAAGUCUUGAUGGCAAUGGAGCAGGGAAGGCUUAACGAAUUCAGAGGGAAAGGUCUUGACCAGAUCAGCAUCAAUCCAACAGAGUGCGUUGAGCCUGAUGCUGGGAUGGAGAGUGAAAACGAACUGUCAGAUCAUUCUCAUGAUGUGACGUCAAGUGAGCCAGGCACUUCAGGAGUGAAUAGCAGCAGGCCGGUAAACACGAAUGAAGGAUCUCCAGAGAGGACACGAGAGGUCAUGAAAGUAACAUCAGUUCCUAGGAAGAGAAGGUGGAGUGAGGUGGAGAUUGCAGCUGUAGAAGAGAAAAUGAUGAAAUUUAUUCACUCGGGAAUUACUCCUGGAAAAGUCGACUGCAUUGCAUGCAUUAAAGCAGCCCCCAAAGCCCUCGGUGAACGAGACUGGCAGGCGGUGAAGUAUUAUAUAAAAAACAGAAUCACAGCAUAUGAGAGAAGGACCACUAAAAAGUAAGGUUGAUUUUGGUUGUUGAUUCUGUUUUUGCGUUUUAGUUGAAUUAUAUUAUAUUUUUUUGGU